AUGGGAACGUGUUGCAAUAACCGCUGCCAGAGCGGCUGCAAGAGGCCACGGGCCGCGCCGCCCGCGGGCCUGCUCGUCGCCGCGCUGGCCGCCUGCUACGUGAGGGACCGAGCGACCAAGGAAGACGCUCUGCUGGAAGCCGUGAGGUUCAACAACGCCUCCGAAGUCAGCAGGUUGUUGCUGGAAGGCGCGGACGUCAACGCGAGGCACAGGCUGGGCUGGACCCCUCUCAUGGUGGCAGCUAUCAACAGAAAUUCCAGCGUGGUGAAGACCCUGCUUGCGGCCAACGCAGACCCAAACCUCGGAGACGAAUUCAGCAGCGUGUAUGAGACUGCCAAGGAGAGAGGCCUCCAUUCUCUAGAAGUCCUCGUGACCCGGGAGGACGAAUUCAACAACCGCCUGAACAUCAGGGCCAGCUUCAGGGGCUGCACGGCUCUGCACUACGCGGUGCUCGCUGACGACUACCUGACGGUCAAGCUGCUGCUGGAUGGAGGUGCCAACCCCCUGCAGAAGAACGAGAUGGGACACACGCCGCUGGAUUACGCCCGUGAGGGGGAGGUGAUGAACCUUCUGAGAGCGUCAGAGACGAAGUUCCAGGAGGAGCAGCGCCGGAGGGAGGUCGAGGAACGCCGGAGGUUUCCGCUGGAGCAGCGGCUGAAGGAGCACAUCAUCGGUCAGGAGAGCGCCAUAGCCACGGUGGGAGCAGCCGUUCGGAGGAAGGAAAAUGGCUGGUACGACGAGGAGCACCCGCUGGUCUUCCUUUUCUUGGGGUCGUCCGGAAUAGGAAAGACAGAGCUGGCCAAACAGACAGCCAAGUACAUACAUAAGGAUGUCAAAAAGGGUUUCAUCAGGCUGGACAUGUCGGAGUUCCAGGAGAGGCAUGAGGUCGCCAAGUUCAUCGGCUCGCCGCCCGGCUACGUGGGCCACGAGGAGGGCGGGCAGCUCACCAAAAAGCUGAGGCAGUGCCCAAACGCCGUGGUGCUCUUCGACGAGGUUGACAAAGCCCACCCGGACGUCCUCACCAUCAUGCUGCAGCUGUUCGACGAGGGCAGGCUGACAGACGGCAAGGGGAAGACCAUCGACUGCAAGGAUGCCAUCUUCAUCAUGACCUCCAACGUGGCAAGCGACGAGAUCGCGCAGCACGCCCUGCAGCUCAGGCAGGAGGCCGCGGAGAUGAGCAAGAAAAGGAUCGCAGAAAACUUAGAGGACGUGCAGGUGACCGACAAGAUAACCAUCUCCAGGCAGUUCAAGGAGAAGGUGAUCCGCCCCAUCUUGAAGGCUCACUUCAGGCGGGAUGAGUUCCUGGGGAGGAUCAACGAGAUCGUCUAUUUUCUCCCUUUCUGCCACUCGGAGCUCAUCCAGCUUGUCAACAAGGAGCUGAAUUUUUGGGCCAAAAAGGCCAAGGCGAGGCACAACAUCACCCUGCUUUGGGACAGGGAGGUCAUGGACGUGCUGGCUGACGGCUACAACUUGCACUACGGCGCGCGGUCCAUCAAGCACGAGGUUGAACGGCGCGUGGUGAACCAGCUAGCAGCUGCUUACGAGCAGGACCUGCUGCCGAGGGGCUGCACCCUGAGGAUCACGGUGGAGGACUCAGACAAGCAGCUGCUGAAAACCAAAGACAGCUCCGCCCCCGGCGCGGAGAAAACAAAGAUGCCAACCCUGCGGUUGGAGAUAGUGGAGAAAGACAGCAAAUCCCGAAAACUGGACAUCCAGGCACCUCUGAACCCAGAAAACAUCACCUACUUCCUCUAGGGGACGCCGCCGGCCGUGCCGGUGGGCAAUAAAAUACCGAGACGUGUGACGUGGCCGCGUCAGUGAGGGCAGGCGUCCGUCCGAGCCGUUGGGCUCUGGGUGGGCACAGAGGGCUCUGGCCGUGGGCUGGCGAGGCGCCGUGCUGCCACGGGGGGACACGCGGGUGGAGGGCGGGGGGAUUUCACCGCAGAAACGGCGUAAGGGAGAAGGUGCUGGGGCUACUUCAGGCGUGGGCAAGCAGGUUUCAGACCGUACAGGUGCUGGUAGGGCUCGUCGCUGCCUGAAGAUGGGAAUUGCUGCAGGGACUGGGUUUGCUGGGCUCGGACUGGUGCUGCACGGGGGUAGGCCGGGGGCUGAGUGUGUGACAGCUUCCAUUGAAAAGCCACCAGGCGCUCUGUACCUCGCCUGCUUCUCGUUAUUUAUUGCAAUAAACGCGGCGUGCACACGCGA